CAGAGGGGUUGGGCCCAGGCGAAUACCCUGUCGCUGCUGCAGCGGAGGCCGAGGCCGGGACCUGAGCCGGGCAGGGAGUGCCGGUCGCCGAGGAGCAGGAGGCGAGGUCCGCCGGAGCUUCAAGCCCCCGCCGCUCUACCGCGCGGUGACCCCGCGCCCAGACGCCGUCCGACCCGUGGUUGUUCCCGAGGCGGUUGGUGGGGGCGCGGCGGCGGCGGCGGCGGCGGCGGUUGGGGGUGGGGAGAGGCGCGGCGAGGAGACGAGAGGUCAGCGAGUUUGAGGGAGGAUCGCGAGCCGUGCAGCCGUCAUGUCCGAGGACUCGAGCGCCCUGCCCUGGUCCAUCAACCGGGACGAUUACGAGCUGCAGGAGGUGAUCGGGAGUGGAGCAACGGCUGUGGUCCAAGCAGCAUAUUGUGCCCCUAAGAAGGAGAAAGUGGCAAUCAAACGGAUAAACCUUGAGAAAUGUCAAACUAGCAUGGAUGAACUCCUGAAAGAAAUUCAAGCCAUGAGUCAGUGCCAUCAUCCUAAUAUUGUGUCUUACUACACGUCUUUUGUGGUAAAAGAUGAACUGUGGCUAGUCAUGAAGCUGCUAAGUGGAGGUUCUGUUCUAGACAUUAUUAAGUACAUUGUGGCAAAGGGGGAGCACAAAAGUGGAGUCCUAGAUGAACCUACCAUUGCUACAAUACUCAAAGAAGUGCUGGAAGGGUUGGAAUACCUGCAUAAAAAUGGACAGAUUCACAGAGAUGUGAAAGCUGGAAAUAUUCUUCUUGGAGAAGAUGGCUCAGUACAGAUUGCAGACUUUGGAGUUAGUGCUUUUUUAGCAACUGGUGGUGAUAUUACCCGAAAUAAAGUGAGAAAGACCUUUGUUGGAACUCCUUGCUGGAUGGCACCUGAAGUUAUGGAACAGGUCCGAGGCUAUGAUUUCAAAGCUGACAUCUGGAGUUUUGGGAUCACAGCAAUUGAACUGGCUACAGGGGCAGCUCCUUACCAUAAGUAUCCACCAAUGAAGGUUUUAAUGCUGACACUACAAAAUGAUCCUCCUUCUUUGGAAACUGGUGUUCAAGACAAAGAAAUGCUGAAAAAAUAUGGAAAAUCAUUUAGGAAAAUGAUUUCAUUGUGCCUUCAAAAGGAUCCAGAAAAAAGACCAACAGCAGCAGAACUGUUAAGGCACAAAUUUUUCCAAAAAGCAAAGAAUAAAGAAUUUCUUCAAGAAAAAAUACUGCAGAGAGCACCAACUAUUUCUGAAAGAGCUAAGAAGGUUCGGAGAGUACCAGGUUCCAGUGGCCGCCUUCAUAAGACAGAAGAUGGCGGCUGGGAGUGGAGUGAUGACGAAUUUGAUGAAGAAAGUGAGGAAGGGAAAGCAGCAAUUUCACAACUCAGGUCUCCCCGAGUGAAAGAACCAUUAUCAAAUUCUGAGCUGUUUCCAGCAACUGAUCCCGUGGGUACUUUACUCCAAGUUCCAGAACAGAUUACUGCUCAUCUACCUCACCCAGCUGGGCACAUGCCUGCACAGCCAACUCAAGUCUCUCCCCCACCCCCAGCAGAGCCAGCAAAAACAGCUCAGGCUCUGCCUUCAGGAGCAGGCUCACAAGAAACCAAGAUCCCAAUCAGCCUAGUACUCAGAUUAAGGAAUUCAAAAAAAGAACUAAAUGAUAUUCGAUUCGAGUUUACUCCUGGGAGAGAUACAGCGGAGGGUGUAUCUCAGGAACUCAUUUCUGCUGGCCUUGUCGAUGGAAGGGAUUUAGUAAUAGUGGCAGCGAAUUUGCAGAAAAUUGUGGAAGAACCUCAGUCAAAUCGAUCUGUCACUUUCAAACUGGCAUCUGGUGUCGAAGGCUCGGAUAUUCCUGAUGAUGGUAAACUAAUAGGAUUUGCCCAGCUCAGCAUCAGCUAAACCACAGCCCUGAAAGAGGCGGCCUAAGGAGAUUCCACACAUGCGUAUCUCUGUUGCUUCUGUUGGCCUAAACCCACUACUGCCAAAGAACCCAGCAACAAACCUCCCGGCUAGGAGCUUUAGAGGUCUUUCUUUAUGUUCUUCCUGCCAUCAUUCCCCCCUUUUCCCACAGGGAAAGAAAAGUUGGAUCACCAGUGGCCAGCAUCCCUUUAAAGAGUUCCGUUAGUAAACUUACUGCGCAUGUCCCCUGUCUUUCUCCAGCUGAGAAGGGGACUGUGCCUCAAGGCUCAGGAGGGAGAUCUGGCAGCUCAUCUUGCCUUAUACUCCAAUGAUGGCGCUGGGUGGAAAGUAGCAGCUAUAUUGGGCUUCUUCAUCCUGCCUGUUCUCCCACACCUGACAGGAUGUGGGCAACUUGGGAUAUAUCUUCACCACUGAAGUAGCAAUUAAAAGUUGAUUGUUUAUCUGGAGCCCAGAGAAUUUAAUUUAGUAAUUUUUUUUUUUUUUUAAUCUGAUGUGAAUUCUAGCAACCUUUGUUAGGAAAAAGCACAGCCUCAGAAAGAGGCAGCCUAAACUGUGUUAUUGUUUUGUUCAUGUUUCUAAGCGUUUUGCUAAAGCUGCUCUCAGGCACCCCUCUUCAUCACUCCCUCCAGAAAGGGUUGCUAGCCUUAACUUCAGCUGGUGCAAAACAUCCGACUGUAGUCGAACUUCAGCCAUCAGAUCCUAAAAAGUGGAACUUUGGACUGUUUUUAGCUAAAACAUCAAGUAAUGGCUUGUAAAAGUGAAUUUCCCCAGCAGUGGUUUUGAACAGGAAGAAUCAUAACUCAUAUCAUUGUGGAAGUAUUUAUUUUCAAAUCUUAAAAAAUUCAGUUGAAGAAAAACUGCUCCUCAAUCCUCCCAUGAAAAUUUGCCUGGCCUCCACGUCAUAAGGAAACGCAAGGCUGAGCUUUCUACAGCAAUAAAGGAGACUCACCAGGCCAGCGAGGCCUGCCUUCCGGCCCUCUCCUGCACUGACCCUUUGGAGGGGCUCCACACUUCUGUGCGCUGAACCUGACCCAGGAUGGAAAGUGAAACCACAUGUGCCGAGACUUUUAGGAUUUAUGAGUAGACAGUGUUCAUUUGAUUUUCUAUAGAAAUAAUAUAAAUUAUUCUUUAGGUUUAAAAACGAGCACUCAUAAUGCAAUAUGUGAGUAAUCGGUGGGGCCGAUUUUCUUUCCUACUGUUUCAGUCAACCUCUGUCUAACUGCAAGUAGCCCUAACAGUUUUUGUCUAAGAAAGGGACACUCAAUCUGGCCUUAAAACGACAUAUGAAGAUGGGCUUUGGCACCAUGGAAAGGGGAGAGCUGCCUCUUACAGAAUCACGCAAGCCCUUUCCAGUACCGUUGGUCUGUGAAUAACAAGAUUGCUUCACCUAGUUGUCUCUUGGAAUAUCUCUGGAAGCUUUCCCCACAACUGAGUUAUCGCAGCUCUUGUUUGGUUCUGAGCUUGUUGUUUUAGUCAUGGGCUUCCUUUCCCUGCCCUGGGUGCAGAGGCAUACUGGGGAAGGAGUGGAUGUUGGGGAGAAGGAUGGGAUGGGUUUGGAGUGGCCGUUGGGAGGAAGGUAGAUGAGAGGAUCAGACACCAAAGUCCAGGGUCCCAGCAGGACUGGUAAAAAGUGGGAGGCCUGCCAAGCCUAGAGAGGGAAAAGAUUGAUCAGUUUGCUGGAAAAAUACUUAGCUUUUCUUUUUCUUUUUUUUUUUUUUCUUUUUUCUUUUUCUUUUUUUUUUAGAGGGAUGGGAAUAACAUAUGAAAAGGAGAUAGUGUCCCUUUGGCACAAGGCUAGUGGCUUACCUUUGAGUCUGUAUUUUUGUCUCAAUCAAGCCAUCAUCAUCUACUUACUGAUAAAUCCAGAGGGUGGUGGCCUCACUCUGUUCUAGCACUCUGUUUGGAAGUAGUCUGGAGCCCAGGCAGGAGGUGAGCAGUAGCCCAUUGCCGUGUUCAGUUUCCCCAGCCAGCCAUGACUUUUAAACUGCAGUGGGACAAGCAUGCCAAUAGAAGUGGGCUAGGGCUUUCUCUUUCUUUUCAGUUCAUUUUUUUCCCUGCUGGGAAUUAGGAGCCAGACACCAAGACCCAGGACAGUGUUAUUUCUUCUGCAUGAUGUAUGGUGGACUCCCUUUGCUGACUUUCACAGCGAUGCUGAGAGAAUACAUGAACAGAAACUUCCCAGGUUGGACAGCACGCGACCUAGUGAGUGACCUUGCUCCUUUCAAGGAGCAGUGGUCUAGGGUACACCUCUGUCUCUAGGUCUUUAGGAUCCCUUGGUCCCUGGGGGUAGGGACUAAUUUAGCACAAGGUAACAUGUGCCAAUGCUGUUUGUGAAAUGUAUGGUCUUAUUCGAAAUGACUAAUGGAUUUAUUUGGGUUUUUUGCUUAGGUUUUGAACCAAAUCCUAGAGCCAGCUGAUACUAUUUAAUAAUCUGAGGAUAGAAUAAUGGUGUAUCAAUAAAUGGAGGUUCCUCCUUAUGACGUAUGCUAGAUUAUGGAAGAUGUAAAAUAUUUGACCUUCCCUUCUCCCUUUUUUUGACUUUGUAUUUUGCUGCAUGUUUCCUUCAUUUUUAAUCAAUAAAGAGUAAAUUGUCUGUGGCGGUGUAAGGAUUCUUUACUUCAGUGCUUGCUGGUGGGGAGCGUGAGGAGUGGGUCAGGGAGUCACUACUAACUUAAUUUUUCACACAAAUGGGAAAAGUGCACAUAAGCUAAAAAAAUGUGUGUAUUGACCUACAAAUUAUCUAGGACAGCUGAAAAUCAUUGUACAAAUGGGGAAACUAAAAUCUCAAAAGGGAGAGAGAAGAUAUGGCCAGGGAAAUUUCAUAGCAUGGGGCACAAAACUUGUACUGUUGUUUCUGUUUGAUUCUGCUUAUGCAGUUGGAUAGGGUAAAGAGGCCACAUUCAAGGCCUUGUGAGUCCAUUUUGGAAAAUUGAGAGCAGGGCUGAGCUUGUCGCUGUUUGACUUUGCUAUUGAAAUGGUGGGAUUACAUGUGAGAGUCUAGGCUCCUCUGUAUUCUUCCACCUCCCAUGUAAGUAAUCUUGAUCAUAAUACUUUCUCCACAGAAGGGUCCUUCUGGGACAGGACUGCUUGUGGAUUCUUGUAAUUCAGAGCUCAGGCACUGACAGGAUUGUAUCUGAGUGAUUUUGCUCUCAAGAUAAGCAGGUUGUAAAAGUGGACUCUGAGGCACCUGGAUGGCUAAUGAUCUCAUUCACCUUAAUUAAGUGAGUUUAAAUUAUGACUCACUUUUUCUUCUCAGAGCAGAUUGUAAAUAAUAGCACAGAAUUUCAGUUGGCUUAGAUAAAAUUGUUUGAUUAAUUAAAAGUUUGACUGAUGUUCCUUUUGUGUGAAAUAUACUUAGCAGUUCAAAGUGAAAAAAAAUCUAAUCCUGGAAAGGAUUGUCAUCAUAGAACUUGAAAGAAAUAUUGACUUGGGGGCGCCUGGGUAGCUCAGUGGAUUAAGCUUCUGCCUU